UGGGACUUUUAUAUAAUUCCCAAAAAGUAUUGAGUAAGAAAAAAUGAUAAUUAGGGCAAUUACAAAACCGAGAUGGAGGUGGAAUUAAUACCUAGUUAUUUUGGGUACAACAGCCAGCACAACCAUUUCAUUUCAGAAGGAACUAUUUUCCUCCCUUCUACUGAGAAAUCCACUCAGAAAUCAUCAUCAUGUUCAAAAAUGUUCUGAAACCAAAUUUUAGGUUCUCAUCUGAAGAAGUUUCUGCCCAAAAUCAAGUGAAGGCAUCUGUACAACGGAAAAUCCGGCAAAGUAUUGCAGAUGAGUAUCCAGGACUCGAACCCGUGUUGGAAGAUUUAUUGCCAAAAAAGUCACCGCUCGUUGUUGCAAAAUGUCAAAAUCAUCUGAAUUUGGUUCUGGUGAACAAUGUGCCGCUUUUCUUCAACAUACGUGAUGGACCUUAUAUGCCAACACUACGGCUUCUUCAUCAGUAUCCAACCAUCAUGAAAAAGCUGCAAGUUGACAGAGGGGCAAUAAAGUUUGUACUUGCAGGUGCCAAUAUAAUGUGCCCAGGGCUUACUUCUCCUGGUGGCGUGUUGGAUGACGAAGUAGAUGCAGAAACUCCCGUGGCUAUCAUGGCUGAAGGGAAGCAACAUGCUCUAGCUAUUGGAUUUACAAAAAUGUCGGCAAAAAAUAUACGGACAAUCAACAAAGGAAUUGGUGUGGAUACCAUGCACUAUCUUAAUGAUGGCCUCUGGAAGAUGGAGCGGUUGGAUUAAGUGUGGCAAAUCAAGGGCUCUAGGUGCUUGCAAAAUUCAGUUGAAAACGGUUUAUAAUCAAUCAAGUGCUUUUGAAGCAAUGUUUACAUAUGGUUGGACAAUAGUGAUCGUGACACAUAUAAGUUCGGUUGGAGAUUAAUGCUUUCCCUAGUUUGAACGAAAUUGUGGAAUUGGUUUUUCUUUAUGUAACAGUUGGGCCUUGACUGCAGUCGGAGUUGAUUUUUUUUUUCUACCUUUUGAAUGAUGUUGAAUAGUCAUUCAGUGACCGUUUCACUUUUU